AUGGAGGGAUCGGCGACGGAGGGAAAUCACGGAGGCGAUCCCCGCGCCAAGCAUGCCGCAACCAAGGAGUCCGAGGCGGCGGCAACGCAACACCAUCUGACGCUGCUCCAGCCGACCGUGGUCGAAGUUUCUGCAGCCGUGCUGGAUAAGGACAAGGUGGGGGAGCACGAGUCGGUGGGGCUGGUCGGUGGCUCUCCACCUUCUGGUGGACGGGGGAGGCGUAGGCAAAGGAAGAGCGAUGGGGAGGACGAUUAUGACACCGCCGUGCCCGGGGACCUCAUUACGCGGGCGAAGAGGCGGCAGACGACAGGUAGUGCUGACGACGCCGGUGGCGCGGCAGUUGGGACACCGCGAGGCGCCAAGGAAGCUAGUGGCAAGGCGGGCGGUCAAGCAUUGCGCCAGAAGGGCCGACCCGCAGCAAGAAAAGCAUCCGGCGGAAGGAGAGGCAAGAAAGCAGCGACGGGAACAAAGCCGAAACGGGGCGAUGAAGACCCCGGUGAUGCGGAGGAGGAGGAUGAGGAGGAGGAUGCGGAGGGAGAGGAGGAUGAAGAGGAAGCGGAGGAGGAUGACGCGGAUGUUGGGGAGGACGAAGAGGAGGAGGAGGAGGAGGAGGAGGAUGAGGAGGAGGAGGAGGAGGAGGAGGAGGAGGAGGAGGAGGAGGCAGAGGAGGAGGAGGAGGAGGAGGAGGAGGAGGAGGAGGAGCAGGGUGACGACGAGGAGGAGGAUGUGGAGGAGGAGGAGGAGGAGGCAGCGGAGGAGGAGGAGGAGGAGGAGGAGGAGGAGGAGGAGGAGGAGGAGGAGGAGGAGGAGGAGGAGGAUGUGGCGCCAGCAUUGGGCCGCCCGUAA